AUGGGGAGUCCUACCGACUCCUCCGAUACCCUCAUCACUCAUCCAUCCACUGUCCAUUUCCCACCAACAAUCAAGGCUACGGCCACAGGGAUGGACCUUCAACUACAGGCAGAGUCUCCAUCAUCUGUGGUCCCGAAACUCGUCUGCGAAGCCAGCGACAUCAUAUCAGAAGACUCCCAGGAAUCAGCUAAAGGCCGCGUAACGCUGGUCCUACGACGUGGUCGCUUCAGGCUGCUUCAUCAACAACAGUUCAAGAACAGCCUACUUGCCAGUGUCGGAUAUCUCGAGCUCGCCAACGCCGGUGACUUCGCUGCCAACGUCUGGAACGAGGUCCCCGUCCCGAGAUUCGCCGCCAUAUUGAUGGGAAUUGGAGGUACACUGGCCUUAGGAAUGGUAUUGGUUGCUGUGCAAGACUUUCGACUCAGCUGGAAGAAUGUCAAGUUGCUGCGGGCAGAAAGGGCUCACCUGCAACAGCUUCAACGAUCCCCCGACAAGGAUACAGAGCAGAGGCGGCUUGUUGAUAGCCGCCUGGGUGUUUGGAUACGUGAAUAUGGCACCGAAGUGGUUGAUCGGGUGAUUAUGGACCUGUUGAUGGGAUUUGGCUCCAUGCUAGUCGGGAUUGGCACUUUGAUGGCUAUUGGUGGCGCCCACCCUCGGGUAUUCAAGGCUAGCAACCUGCUUUCUGGAUACAUUGGAAAUGGACUGGCUGCUUUCUUCGGUCUUAUCAAUGCUAUUUGGUCAGGAUAUCUCGUCCAUAGAUUCCAUAUGCACCAUGUUGCGGCCUGCGCUCGCCAGCCAAGUGAUGAUAUCAGUCGCCGAUUACAUACCAGGUUUCGACGCUUUCAAUGGCACGCUGGUGUGAAUGGCAUCAAUGGUCUUGUGGCUGGUGCUGCUUCAAUGAUCACCGCUGAGCGUUGGUGGGGAUACGUUAUUCUGAUCCCGUGCAUAAUCUCCUUGAUUCUGUGCAACUACUUCUGGAGAGAGAAAUUGGGCUAUGAUCGUCCACUGCUCGGAUAUACGUCGUCAGUAUAUAAGCAGUUUACUCCACUUCUUGAUGACUUGCAAUACGUGACUAUGAUGCAGCGCAGUCUCGCUGAAUCUGAAAACUCCUUGCCACAAACCAUAGUCAAACUCGACUCACUAGAGUCGAUUCUCCGCUUCAUUGUCCGCGAAAGCAUGUUGGAAACAUACUGCGAGUCUCUUGCUCGCGACAAAAGUACUCGUCAUAUGCUCAGUGAGGUCCAGCCCUCAAAUACAUACCCUGACCAAAUAAUCAUCUCAGUCGAGGCUCUGCUCCGCCUUCCGAGCACACACCUGAAUACAAUCUUUCAGCAUGCAAAAAAGUUCAUGCGAACAACCGCUGUCCGGAUUUUCACACAUCGCGAACGACAUCUCCUCGAGCUUUUAGGUUACGCCAUUUAUCAGGAUCAUAUCAAAGCGACAGCAGAGAAUCAUGACACACUAGAGCUCACAUAA